AUGUUUUCAGCUCUUAUUUAUAUUCUUCUCUUACAGGUAUAUCUGCUAUUCAAUAUGUGUUGUUCUUGUGAUAUUGAUGAAAAGAUUUUUGAGCGCAGUUAUAAGUCAGUGGAUUUUAAUUCAGAGAUCACAUCUAAUUUGUUAAAUCAAACGACUGGUGAAAAAAAGGAUCUUGAAGUUCCUAGAACUCCACAAGGAGUUAUUGGUUAUGUAAAUCAAGAAGGCAAACAAUUACCUUACCGACCUCCUACAUAUGUUGCUCCUCCUAUGAUACCACCGCCGCAACAAAAUGAAGGUGAGGAUUCACCUUAUCAUCUGGAAAAUCCUUAUAAUUAA